UUAUCGAUUAAACUUACCAUUCAGGGCGAAAACCAGGCUGGGUAUUUCCAGACGUGGCUGUUUGUGACGGUUUCAGCUAUAUGCUUAGUCAUCCAAUUAGUUUACCUGAACAAGGCAUUGGAUACUUUCAAUACGGCGCUGGUUUCUCCCAUCUAUUAUGCCAUGUUCACAACCCUCACUAUUUUAGCAAGUGCCAUAAUGUUCAAGGAUUGGUCUGGGCAGAGCGCAAGCAUUAUUGCCUCCGAGACUUGUGGAUUUCUCACAGUUCUUGCCGGUAUUAUUGUGCUACAUUCCACCAAAGAACCCGAUCAAAAUCUGUCCCCAGACCUUUAUGCAUCUCUCACUGCACCCCUCCCUCCAAAGAUAUAUUGGCACAUCCAAGGAAACGGCGGCGACGUAGGGAAGCAAAAAGAGGACGACUCACUUCCCUGCGAUUUCAUCACCGUCGUGCGCCAGGACUACUUCGUCUAGAAAAUUCUCAGGACGGCAUAUGCGUUUCAUAUGUGCCAGCCAGCCUCAAGACCUUCAUGUGGCGAGGGUGGACCCCAGGGCCUGCUACCGACGGUACAAGGCCAUCCUGGCCUGAAAAAAUGUGAAAAUUUUGCAGAGACAUCGUGUUGUACCAUACCAUGACCAAACCGGUUGCGUCGGAGCUAGGUGUUGUACGAUUACCUGUGUACUGUAGAAAUCGCGCCGUGUGAGGAGGAUGUUGUUGUAGGGGGGUUUGUGAGGGAUGUUGUAGAUGUUGUUGCCUGUCUGAUGUGAAUACCAAAGCACACAACGCUUUCUGUUGCUAGUGUGACAUUUUGUUUCACCCUUGUCGGCCUCGGGAUGUUUCAGUCGCUGUAUUGUUUGUUUUA